AUGUUUGAGAAUCUCUGUACCAUACCUCUCCAAGCCGACGUCUUUACGACUGCCCUCCAUCCGACGCAACCACUCCUCACUGUCGGGCUCUCCUCAGGCCACGUCCAGACCUACCGCCUGCCCCCGAUCGACUCGGCCGACGAGCACGGAAAGGAUGUCAUUGACACGACUUGGAGCACCCGCCGACACAAGGGUUCUUGCCGAUGCCUAGGCUACACGCACGACGGCGCCAACGUGUACUCGGCGGGUACGGACGCGCUGGUGAAGUACUUUGACGCGGAGACGGGCAAGGUCCAGUCGAAGAUGGCCAUCCCCACCAGCACGACAGUCCCGGACGCGCCGACCCUUCUGCACGUCCUGAACCCGCAGAGCCUGCUGCUCGCCACCGACUCGGGCGCCCUGCACAUCUGGGACACGAGGGAGGACGGCACCAAGAAGCCCGCCCAGACACACUUCCCGCACUCGGACUAUGUGAGCAGCAUCACACCACUGCCGCCGACCGAGGAGAGCACGAGCGGGUUCUCCAAGCAGUGGGUCAGCACGGGCGGGACGACACUGGCCGUCACAGACGUGCGACGAGGCGUGUUGGUGAGGAGCGAGGAUCAGGAGGACGAGCUGCUCUCGUCCACCUUUGUGCCCGGUCUCGGACCCAAGAAGAACCGCGCCAACGGCGUCAUGGCCAUCGGGUCCGGGUCUGGCGUGCUGACGGUGUGGGACAAGGGCGCCUGGGACGACCAGCAGGAGCGCAUCAUUGUGGACGGCCAGAGGGGCUCGCAGGGAGGCGAGAGCAUCGACGCGCUGACGAUGAUUCCGGAGGUUCUGGGCUACGGCAAGAAGGUGGUCUGCGGGCUCGGCGACGGCAGCCUGCGCGUUGUCGAUCUCGCGGACAGAGCCGUCCUCACGGCCCCCAAUCUGCGGCAUGAUGUUACCGAGGGUGUCGUGUCGCUAGGAUUUGACUGCGGAAACCGCUUGAUUAGCGCGGGCGGCGACACGAUCAAGGUCUGGGAGGAACUGUCCGAGCUGCAGGGCGAAGAGCAGGAAGCCGAGGAUGACGAGGAGGAGGAAGACGAGGAGGAGGAUGACAGUGAAGAUGAGGCGCGAGAAGACAGCCGGAAACGAUCGGCGGAAAGUGAUGACUCUGAUAGUGAAGACGGCAUCGCAGAGAUGAAACAGAGGGCCAAACGGAGAAAGGAGGCACAGAAAAACAAGCUCGGCCCCAUGGGGGCGCAUGGCAUCAUGGGAUUUGAUGGAUUAGACUAG